AUUGGCAAAGGUCUUCUUCACGAAGUUGAGAAUCUCGCCCCAACUGUCAUCGAGAGUGCACUGCCCGCUCUUCUGGCUGGUGUUGGCAAGCGCGGAGUUGAGCGCAGAAACUUCCUUGAUGACUUGAAAAACAUUGGCAAAGGUCUUCUUCACGAAGUUGAGAAUCUCGCCCCAACUGUCAUCGAGAGUGCACUGCCCGCUCUUCUGGCUGGUGUUGGCAAGCGUGAAAUUGUGGAGGCGGGACUUCUGGGACAUGUGAAGGAUGAGAUGCUGAAUGUGGUGGACAAGCUGAAGGAGUCUGUGGAGGGAGCAGAGAAGAUCGCCACGAACCUUGAGAGCAAUCUGAAGACAGCUGCCCAGGGUCUGACCAGUGGCCAGGAUGUCAAAGCCGUCGCCCAGAUGGUGCUGUCUACGCUAGAGGCCGAUGUCAAGUCAAUGAUGGAUAAAGGCACAUUUGACGUUGAUAUUGAUGCGCUGAUCAAGAAUAUUGUGCCCAACGCUGUUGCAAAGCUCUUCCCCAAGCACAGCCGUCGUCUUCUUAUCGGCGAUUUUAUCAACGGACUGAAAGACACUCUGGGUGACGUCCUUGGUCUCGUGUCUGGCACCGCGUUUGGGGAUCUUAAAACUUUCCUGGGAAACAUUGAGUCAACUGCUGUGCAGUCUCUCAGCCCUGCUUUGGGUAACCUGAAGGGCCUUGCCCAGACAGUAAGUUCCGUGCAAUCUCUCAGCCCUGCAUUGGGUAACCUGAAGGGCCUUGCCCAGACAUUCCUGACCCACGCCGGACAAGCCACUGCACAGGUCGCUGCUGAGGCCGUCAAGUUCUUCCAGCCAUUCCAGGCUCAACUCGGAUCUGUCUUCACCCAGAUCAAGAACGUAGCUGCCAAACUGACGGGUGCCUGAAUGUCAAGGGAUGUCGAAUAAAAUAACAUAUGAAACAUU